CCUUCUGUCCCUUCCUUGAAUUGAAAGAUGACGAUGCACGCCGGUGCCUCCCCGCCGGCUGCGCCGCUUCCUACCCCGGCGCAAACAAACGAAGAGACGGGGAAGGCGCUGCGGUGCGUCAUGUGCUUACCAGAGAAGGGCUACGACCCCACGGAGUCGGCUGUGGCGUGGAAGAUGCUCCGCGAGAAGGGCAUCCAAGUUGUCGCUGCCUCGCCAAGAGGCCAAGAAGGAGCUGCCCCGCAAGCGGACCCCAUCAUGGUCGAUGGCCAGGGUUUGUAUCUCCUCAAGUGGAGCCUUCGCGCCGACGCCAACGGCCGGGCCGCCUACCAGGAGCUGGUCGAGUCCCGCACGUUUGACAACCUCGUGGCGUACAAGGACUUGAAGGUCGAGGACUUUGACGGCCUUUUGCUGCCAGGCGGGCACUGCCCCGACAUGAAGCCUUACUUGGAAGACGAGACGCUCCAGCGCUUCGUCAGCGAUUUCGCGAAAAGCGGCAAACCCAUCGGGGCAAUUUGCCACGGUGUCGUCCUGGCGGCACGGGCGGGCAUCCUCGCUGGCAAGCGGGUGACGGCCCUCCCCUCCUUCAUGGAAGACACGGCGGUUUGGCUCACCAAGCUUUGGAUGGGCGACUACUACCGCACCUACAAAGGUACCACGGUGCAGAAGGAGGUCACGGAGAAGUGCGGGGAGUUUUUGCCCGGGCCGAGGGGCUUCGGCAGAGAUUCGAAAGACAACCUGUCGCCGGGCUUCGUCGUGCGAGAUGGCAACUUGAUCACGGGCCGUUGGCCGGGCGAUGCCCACAGCUUCGGGAUUGCCCUGGCGGAUGCGAUGCGCUCGAUGUCAGCCGUGAAGGAAACCACUGCAACGGAUUGACAAGCUAUCCUCACGCUCAAUUGUUUCUGGAAA